CUCUCUCUCAGCCCGUGUUUGCCUCCAUGAUCCAGAGUAACCCUCGGAUGAUUGGCUCGGCAGCCCACCCCCAGGCCAUCGUGUCCAGCUCUGGUCCUCAGUACCCGCCGGCAGACCAGGCCCCUCCCCAGGCCAUGUACGUGUCGGCCGGAGUUCCCCAGCCUUACACCCACGCGGCCCCGCUGCACCACCACACUCCGCACCCGCAGCCUGCCACCACGCCAACUGGCGGCCAACAACAGGGUCAGCACGCAGCCCCCAGCCCAGUGCAGCACCAGCAGCACCAGACCAACCAACCACCACAUCUGAGUAAUGCACAGGCCCAGCAGAACCUCUACCACGCGGCCCUGACCCCCACCCCACCUUCCAUCACCCCUGGCCCCAACCCUCAGUCCCCACAGACCAGCUUCCCCCAACAGGCGGUGUACGCCAUUCACCCCCAUCAGCAGCUUCAGCACGGAUACAGUAACAUGGCACACGUCACACAGGCACAUGUACAGUCAGGGAUGGCUGCCCCUCACCACCAUCCCGGGACCUCCCACCCUGCUCAGGUCAUGCUGCUGCCUGCCCCCCAGACUCACGGGCAUGGAGGACCACCACAACAGGGUGUGGCGCACAGCGGAGUCGCCACUAUGUCUGCCUCUGCGGCCACGCACUAUACCUACAUUGGGCAUCACCAAGUGCCUGUUCAGCCUCACCAGCAGCAACUAUUCCAUCCACAAGGGAACUGACCGAGCCGGGACACAGGCUGGAUACCAGAACGCCGGUGAUGCGAGUGGAGAAGAGGCUCCCUGAUGUACUUCCUUCUCCUCCUCCAGCACAGCCCCCUGGACCCCACUGACGAGGACAGACAGGAGCCUCCGAGACCCCUCCCUACUCUGGGAGCCAGCAGCAGGCCGGGAGAGCGCACAUAACCCACUCUUUCCCCCUCCCCCUCUCUCCCCUCGCCCUCCAUCUCUCUCCCUCCCCCUCUCUCCCCUCGCCGCCCUCCAUCUCUCCCCUCCCCCCUCUCCCCUCGCCCUCCAUCUCUCCC